AUGGAGUCGACGGCCGACUUAGGUCUCCUUGAACAACUGGGCGAAAUUAUCAGCAAUCUGACCACUUCUGGGGAUCCAUCGCUAGACGCUGAAAAAUUAAAAAAGCUAAAGGCAAUCUGUAAGAAAGCAGAUGUCUAUCUGAAGCACGUAUAUCACUUGGUUUUAACGCAGCUGAAAAAGAAUCACGCCGAAGUAAGACUGUCGUCGUUACAGAUUAUCAGUGAACUUUUCCUUCGCUCUCAUAUGUUCAGAGAAUUACUGUUGACCGAUUUUCAACUCUUUUUGGAACUAACAGUUGAGACAGAUCACAAACAGCCUCUUCCACCACCAAAGUCAGCCGCGAAAAUCCUUAAAGAGAAAGCUCUACAGGCGGUAGAGAGUUGGUAUCACAAAUUUGGGCCCCACUACAAGAAAUUAGACCUGGGGUACAGUUAUUUGAAGAGAGUAAAAAAGGUUGAGUUUAAUGUAGUAACAGCUAGAACUGAAGUUGAAAGACGCCAAUCGGAAGAAAUAGCAAGAAGAAGAAAUGUAUUGAUCAAUGGACAGAUUAUUCAAGUGGAGCAAGAAAUGUCUGAGAUGAUAGGUGAAAUGGAGCUAUGCGCAACCGAGAUUGAGAACUGUUUUAAGCUGCUGUUACCCCAUCCUGAUGAUUAUGAUCUACAAUGUGGGGAUGAGACUGGCCAUGACACAUGUGAACUAGAAAAAGUUGGCUUUAAGAGUGAUGAUGCCACGGAGAGCUCAGCUGCUGACAAAGUGCACAGUAGCGACAAUAAAAAUUUACAACCUGAUGGCUCUACAUCACCCAUGCUUGUUGAUCAGGUUGAGACUGAACUUGGUAGAAGUGAAGUUAAUGAACAACUUCUCUCUAAUCACGGCCUUGGAACUCGGUCUUAUCUGUUGAGUAUCAAGGUUGACACAAGCGGACCAAAAGUUAAAGAAACAAUUGAUAACAGUAUUUUGUUGAAAACAGUGCAAGAAAUGCACAAAGAAAUGACUCACAAACAUUUACCCAUGAUUAACAAGUGGUUGUCUGUGCUGAGCAAAGGGGAAGGAACACAGCAGAAAAUUGAACAUCUCAUUGAUCUCAAAAGGACUUUAGAAGCAGCAAGUGAUAAAUUUCAUGAGCUAAAAAUAACACCAAUGACUGAUACCAGACGUGAAAGAAAAGAUGAUGAUGAAGACGAUACUGAUGAUUUUGUAGAAGUGGCUGAGAAAGAGGGUCUUGAAUUGAUUAUUCCCCCUGACAAGAGAGCAGAAUACGGCCUUGAACCUUUAUCCCCAACAGGUCAGUCUUUCAUGGGUAAACGGAUUAAAAUAUAACAAAAUACUAAAAGUGCAUUCCCUUUCCAGAAAAAUGAUAGUGAGUGGCUCAGACAACAAAAGGCAUACAUCCAUGCAUGUGCACUGAGGAAAACGUGUAAUCAAGCAAAAAACCAUUUAAGGGACUAUGUCACCUUAUAACAGGGGCACCCAACGACAAUUUUUGGAAAAUAUCUGUUCAGAAGACAAUUUGAGAUCUAGAAUUUUCGGAACAGUUGUUGAUAAAUUUCUUGCUUGCCUGCCUCUCCUAGGAUUUUCAAACCCCCCAAAAAUGGUAUAAUUGCCCAUUUUUAACGAAUUUUUACCCUAAAAAGGUCACCUGGAAUUUUUGGGAGCCUUUUUUCUGGCUGAAAUUUUCGAAAAGGUAAGUUUUGAUCCCUAUAAUUUUCGGAUCACUAGACUCUCAGCUAGGAAAUCCGAACAGCUGAAAAAUUUUUAGGGGAUAAAAAUAUGCCUAUAUCUACCGUUUAAAUACUAAAAUACGUUCAACCACGCUAUGUUUAAGUGGUUUUGAACUAUAUUCUCGUUGGAUGCCCCUGUCAUAAGCCUGUGCACUACAGUUACACAUGUAUUGGUCAAAAUUCUAUUAUUUCUUGUACAAUGUAUCUGAUCUGAAACAGAAUGUGCAAGACUAUUUUGCUAUCACAUUCAGUUCAUCUCAAAAGUAAGUCACCACCAUCUCACAAGAUGCGAAUCUUGUAUUGCACCAUGCAUAUCUCAUUGCAUGCUUUGUUCAGUGCAGGAUGGCCAAGUUCUUGAAGUGCCUGAUCAUAUUUAAACUUCUUGCAGAAUGAUUUUUAAGAAUCCAUCAUAAAGCUUUAGGAUCAAGCAAUGCUGACUAACAUGUGAACAAUUUAAUCAGUGUAACCCAUAAACUGUUGAAAAUAACAGCCGGUCAAUGGAGAAUGUCUGGCCUGAUCGCGGACUUGACCGGUCAAACUCUCAUCUUGCCGGUCAUUUUGGCCGGUUAUUUUUGGAUACGAACAUUUUAUUUUCCAUAUAGUUGUCGCUUAAUGCUCUAUAACGCUGUAAUGAUUUCUUUUUCUUUGGCGUUUUUUGCUGCUUUGCACUAAAACCUUCUAAGAAAAAGAACGCGCGCAAUAAAUUAAUUUCAUGUUAUAAUGAAACGUAACAAAGCAAAACAAUAACAAACUGAGUUGUGGAGUAACGCAACGUUGGUCGUACCGUACACCUGUACUCAGUAAUGUGCUUUGGGAAUUCGACAGAAUUCAGGCAAAUCAAUCGCAAUUCUCAAGGGGUCAUCCUGUGGUUCUCCGGGAAUAAAUGUUAGCGCAUUAAUUAAUAAUAAUUUCUUUAUGUUGAACAUGAAUCUCGUUUGCGGACUCGAUUCCAGAAUAGUCUGAUCAAAAUUUAAGCUAAUCGAGAAGGAACGUCGUCUAUCUCUUUCUUGUAAACAACUUUAUGCAAAUUUCUGUUGACAUUUGAGCCUAUCACGAUAAAGUGUUGCGCGAUGACCGGAAUGAAAGCUCUGCUGUAUAUUUAUUGACUUCUGAUAAUAAACACGCUGUUUGUGGAACAGACUUUUCGCCAAUGGAAAUCAACUUCUUUGCCAAAAAUAUUACCGACGAUUCUUCUUUGUGGUGGAGACUUUUGAUCACGUGCCAGGCAAGGAAAAUGAUCAAGUUUCACCAAUGUUCAUUUUGGAACAUCAAAGUAAAACAAAUUGGGCAGAUUUUGUUGUUUAAGAACCCAAUUUUUUUUCGUAAUUCCUGAAGUUUGUUGAACUGUAUGUUUAUUCCACUUCCUGAACCUUGAGAGUUUGAAAAGGAUUUACGCUUCACUUUUUACCUUUAGAGACUUUAGACACUGCUGUGGGAUGAUACUCAAGACAUUAAGACACGCAAAAACUGUGGAAAGGAACUCUCUCUACAACAUGUGAAUGCAUUUUUCACCAAGUUGCUGUCAAUAUUAUGUGAACGUCAAUGUAGUAAAAACGAUCUAUUGCCAGUGUAAUUCAGUAUUCCUUAGGCAAAAAAACAAUUAUAGUAUUCAUUAUUUGACCGGCCAGAAUUGGGGUUUGUCUGGGCUAAAAAAUAUUUGGCCAGUCAUCAUGACCGGUGACCCGCUGUCCGUUAUUUUCAGCCCUAAUAAUGAGUAUUGGGUAUCAUUUGCCUUGUGAAGGAUCAACAUUGUUGGGAUAUUUUUUGUGUAACACAUGCUUUUAGAGAGCCUCUAAACACUGUACUAUCUUUAAAGCUGAUAGAAGUUAGCUUUGCCUAGAAUUCUGGCAAUUUUUUCGCAGAUGUGAAGAUAAAUAUCAGAAACAUUAAGGGGCAUUGUUGGCUAAAAUCUGAGAGGUGGUGAACAAUGAUCUUUCACCCUCUAUCCAUACUUUUGGAGUUGAAAAUCAGUCAUAUUUUGGGGAAAAAAAAUCAAACAAUCAUAAGUCAGUUGAUCAAGUGUAAAUCAGUUGAAUCAAGUAUACUUGAUUCGUGCAAUUUAAUUACCUUGGAAAACGGUGAUUUGUCAAAAUCGCGAAAUUUAAGGUGGCUCAAUAUAGUUUUUUAAGGUCAAUACCUCCCAAGUUUGAGCGUAAACUACGUCGCCAUAAACAAAGAUUUGGAAAAAUUGACACUACAGUUGUAUUAGGUAAAGAAGAAAAUUGGUUAUGACCAGGGUUGCAAUGACAUCGGAGUUGUCAUAGCAACGAAAUGACGCCAUUACCUAUUUUACUUGCAGCAGUAUUUCUCGGCACUGGGAACUGUUCUUCCAAAAUCGUUUACUGGAGCAUUUACCUACGAUAGCUGCCUCGAUGUUCGUGAAGUUUAAGCGAAAUCUGUAAGAGCGUUAUCGAGAUAUUUUGGGAUGAAGUUUUUAUGGUUAGAAAUACGGUAAAAAAUUGACAAUCUUGAUGUUCGACUAUUAUCUGUACUAAACGAAGCGCUUUUGACAUGCAAUUUCACCUCGUAGUAGUUUCAAUCUUUAUAAAAACGUGGGUGAAAGAUCAUGGAGAUACCUUCAGCCGAUUGCUAGAAAGGAGGAUUUGAUUAGUAUGUAUCAAGGCGCUCUUGUUAGCGGUAAUAUAAACAUUUCGGUCUACUUUAACAAAUUAGUGAAUAAUUUUUAAACCGCUCGAUAAAUUUUUUAGAAAGUUUAAGAAUCUUGAGAUCAACCCUCUUUUUAUAUGACCUCUUAGUUUCAAGAUUAUUGAUAUAUUGUAAGGCAGUAAAAUAAGGGCUUGAAUUCGCUAACAUUUUGUCAGAAAUUUUGUGUUUACAAGUGAGAGCCUCUCAUUAUUCACGGGUAUUGUCUCCAAGUUUCAUAUUUUCGUGCAUGACGAUAGCUAGCAGUUUUGCAUAUGUCAAAUGCAUUGUUAGUUACUGCUGUUCAUGUGAAAAUGAAACUUUGAGACAAUACCCCUGAAUAAUGAGAGGCUCUCACUUGUAAACUGCCAAAAUAUUAGCGAAUUGUAACCCUUAUUUUACUACCUUACAAUAUAUCAAUAACCUUGAAACUAUAAGGUCAUAUGAAAGGACGGUUUAUCUCAACACUCUUAAAUUUUUUAGAAAAUUUAUGGAGGGGUUUAAAAAUUAUUCGCUAAUUUGUUAAAGUAGACCGAAAUGUUUACAUUACCGCUAACAAGAGCGCCCCGAUACAUACUAAUCAAAUCCUUCUUUCUAGCAAUCGGCAGGAAGUAUCUCCAUGAUCUUUCACACACGUUUUUAAAAAUAUUGAAACUACUAUGAGGUGAAAUUGCAUGUCAAAAGCGCUUCGCAGUCAAACAUCAAGAUUGUCAAUUUUUUACCAUAUUUCUAACCAUAAAAAACUUCUUCCCAAAAUAUCUCGAUAACGCUCUUACAGAUUUCACUGAAACUUCACGAACAUCAAGGCGGCUGUUGUAGGAAAAAGCUCCAGUAAACGAUUUUGAAAGAACAGUUCCCAGUGCUGAGAAAUAUUGCUGCAAGUAAAAUAGGUAAUGGCGUCAUUUCGUUGCUAUGACAACUCCAAUGUCAUUGCAACCCUGAUCAUAACAAAUUUUCAUCUUUAUCUAAUACAACUGUCGUGUUAAUUUUUUCAAAUCUUUGUUUAUGGCGACGUAGUUUACGCUCAAACUUGGGAGGUAUUGACCCUGAAAAACUGUAUCGAGCCACCUUAAGUCCUGCAAAAUAUUUCUAUUCCAAAUUCGCGUAAUUAAAGUCACACAAAAAUAAGUGAUAGUAAGGUAUGCCAUCGAUAUGAAGAUGAAUUGACAGCUGUCAAAAGCAGGCAUCCAGUGACAAAUAUCUCAUGAAUGUCUCCCAGGCUCAGGCUUUAAGACCGGUCGUUUUUCCUUACAUGUAAGCCAAUGUAAAAUGUUACCGUCACUGACUUAGAAAUGAAACUGCUCUUUCAGGGCUAUUAGAUCAGUGGUUUAAAGUCAUAGUGGAGACUCCAUUACUAUAGAAAACCACCUAGACUUUCAGAGAGAAAAAACAACAACAAAACUGAGUCUUUUUCUCUACUUUAUUUUACUGUCAUCACUGAAAUGAAUAAAAGAGAAGGGCAAGAGCGAGAGAUAAAAACCAGAGGAGACAAAUUUCAUUGGAAGAAAAUCAUGAAAAUUUUAUAGCGGCAGUGAGAUGAUUAGAAAUGCUAGCAGCUAGCAUGGUGAAAAUGAGCAGCAGUGCAAAAAAAAAGAAGCUUACAGGAACACAAGUGACAAAUUUUUUUGUGAGCGUAUACGACAUUUCCUCCAUAAAACUGGAAAGUUUCACGUUGUAGUCGUGCAACAACAACAGCAAACAAAUGUACAAAAAAGUGUGAUGCACGUGCAAAGCUCUUUCUUUUUUUGCUUAUUAGACCUUUUGACUGUUCUUAUUGCCAUCGCCGUUUAGCAUGACACGAUUUUACUUUUUGUUUGAGUAAAUUCUAAGUGUAUUAAGUAUGUAUGUGUCUAAGUGCUGCGUUUUCGGAGAUAUGUCCACAAAACCCCUGGCUAAUUUUUGACAUUUAAGGUAUUUUGGCCAGAUUCACUAUUUUUGUCCAAAUCGCCAAUUUGAAGCACAGGUAGCCCAAGCUCGAAAUAUGAGCACUGGCAUUGUUGCACAAAAUUCAAAAUAUACCUCCAAGAUAUCUUUUUAUAUACACUGCCCAAAUGAACACUUUCAAAGCAUCUUGUGUAAGAUGUCUUCAUACACUUUUCCUUUGAACAAGCUAAUGAACACACUGAUGUUACUCUGUUCAUAACAGACUGAUGUUAACUUAUCGUUAAUCCAAUUUUUGUUAUUUUCUUACAGAGAAAAACUCCAAAGAAAUUGAUAAACAAACUGACUUCUUGAAACAAUUUGGUGCAGACCCUAGAGACAUUGGGGAUCCUACGUCACGUGCAACAGCCCUCUAUAAUGUCAAAGACCACCUUCCAGUCCCCAGUAGCUCUUCAGCUACCAUGGGAACCACAACAGAAGUGGCAGAUAAAAGGAAAAAGAGCCUUUUUGAAAAAGCACCAGUUGUUCCAUUUGAUAUGGAUCUUUAUUUCUGGGAUGAUCCUGCUGCCAAUACUCAUAGGAUGGUUAAGAUGUAUCUUGACAACAACUGGGCAUCUAAGGAGCAUGAGGGUGAAUACAUCAUAGGUAGUGAGAGGGAAGCCAGGCCCACCAGAAUGAUAACCUUUUCUGGUAGCUUUCAACCUGUCAAAUGGUCUUGUCGUGCCCCUUUGCCAAGCGGCAAACUUUGCCCCAGGCGUGAUAGAGUAAAAUGUCCUUUUCAUGGAAAGAUUAUCCCUCGAGAUGAAACAGGUGCACCAGUAAAUAACUUUGAUAUUACCUCAUCCUCAGAAAGAAGAAGUGCAUGCACAGAUACAAAACUGAACACUGAUUCAACAGCAACAGCAAGCUGGAAAGAGAUUGGUGAAGAGAUUGAAGCUGCCACAGGCUUAGAUUUAGGAAGUCAAAAUAAACAGAAGAGAAAAAGCCAGCCAAGUGGAAAAAAUGAAUCUAAACGCUGUGGACUGACAGAUGUGAAAAAGGCAAAUAAUACAGCAAAAACUCGGCUAGAAAAGAUUGUAUUAAAUAAGAAAGCAAUGAAGCGUGUGGCAAACGAAAUGGAUGCUAUUGCUACAAAACGUUGUUUCGACAAGUUUGCAAACCAGUUUAAUUAUUCCUUGCAUUAACAUGAUUUUGAACAGAAAUAUUGUAUAUGAUAACAAAAAGAAGACUGAGCUAAUAUGUACAGUCUGUAUAAUUACAUAAACAUUACACAAACUAUAACACAGCUAAACUUAAUUAAACCAAUGAGUUUAACAUUUUCAUUAGCAUUUUCGCCCAUUUAUCAGAUUUAUAUCUUAGUAUCCCUCGCGUGUGCCACAGAGAUGCAGAAUAGCAAUGAAAAUUGUUUUACUAUCUUGUACUAAAGUCAUGAUAAGAAAAUAUAUGUAGAUAAAUAUCAACUAUGUAAAAACAAUAAUGAAUAAUAAUAAUGAAUCAAGAGUCAUAGGCUGACUUAAACAUUAAAGUAUUUACUAAGGUUUUAAAAUGGGUAAAAUUCUUUUCAUGUCUAAUGUUUCAACGAAGGCCGGGCGUUGAAAAGAGAUGGGGCCAUCACUGCAAACAACCUGGUCCCCAUUGUUUUCGAUGUCUUUACAUGGAAUGGUUUAAGAAACAAAACAUCAUUUCCUCGAACAGAGUAAGUGCUCGGACACGUUGAAAAUGGAAUAGUCACCAGACUACAAAUUCCACAGGUAGCAAGUGGAAUGAGAACAACACAGGAGUGAUAUGGCUAUUACGUUUAUCGGAAGGUUAGGAGACGAGCGGCAGCAUUCUCUGUACAUGUUAGAGAAUUUUCAGUAGAUAGUUCGGUUAACCAAAUAUGAAAGUGAGUUACAAUAGACAAGUAUUGAUGUAAAACGAAAGCGUGAUAGGAACAGUAGUUGUUUCAAAUGUAUUAAACUGGCAAAUCAAGCCUAUGUUGCGCAAAUGAAACUGAGAAGGAUGAUUUACAAGUGGGAGUCACGUGUCAGAAGAAAUAACAAGUAAGAGACAAUUCCUCAUGCAUUGUAAUACAGGAUUUGUACUUCC